UUCUUCCUUGGCGGCGGAUUUGCUCCAUGGACUACUUCAUGGCGCCAGGGCGGAAUCAUCUCUUCGUGCCGGGGCCAUCCAAUAUCCCGCAAAAGGUGAUGCAAGCACUGAAUCGCGGCAAUGAGGAUCAUCGAUCGCCAGCAUUCCCGGUCUUCUCACGGCAGCUCCUUGCGGACGUCACGCGCAUCUUUUCCACGCAAUCUGGGACUCCCUUCAUUAUCCCCACAACUGGGACUGGAGGGUGGGAAUGCGCUGCUGUGAACACUCUCUCUACUGGAGAUCGCGUUCUCACUUUCGUGUUUGGGCAGUUUAGCCAUCUCUGGAGCCAGCAGCUCCAGAAACUCCACUUCGACGUGGACGCUGUCCAGUGCCAAUGGGGAGGCGGAGUCGACUUGGGAGUUCUCGAUUCGAAGCUCAGAGCCGACGAGGAGCACCGGAUCAAGGCGGUGUGUGUCGUUCAUAACGAAACUUCCACCGGUAUUAACAUCAACUUGGGAGUUGUGAGAGCCAUACUUGAUUUAAACCAGCAUCCAGCUCUGCUUUUGGUUGACGGAGUUUCGUCGAUUGGAGCACUCGCGUUUCGCAUGGACGAGUGGAAAGUCGAUGUUGCUCUGACUGGCUCGCAAAAAUCGCUCGGUCUUCCAACCGGUCUCGGUAUCCUCUGUGCCAGUCCCAAAGCUCUCGAGGCCUCCAAGUCUGCUCGUUCUCCGCGGGGAUUCUUCGACUGGUCAGCUUAUCUCAAGUCGUACGAGCUCGGCUCUUACUGGCCAUACACGCCUUCCAUACAGUUGCUCUACGGCCUCCGAGCAGCUCUCGAUCUUCUAUUUGAAGAAGGCCUGGAAAAUGUCAUCAAGAGACACCACAGGCUAGCUCAUGCCACCAGGUUGGCUGUGAAAGCUUGGGGCCUCGAGCUUUGCGUCAAAGAUCCAGAGCUGUACAGUGAUACGGUGACUGCCGUCGUGGUUCCAUCCUACUUGAACAGCACAGACGUGGUUCGUGUAGCCUGGAGAAAAUACAACUUGAGCAUUGGAAUCGGCCUGAACAAGGUGGCAGGAAAGGUGUUCCGCAUCGGACAUUUGGGAUUCUUAAACGAACUUCAACUCAUCUCUGCUCUGGCUGGAGUAGAAAUGGCACUCAAGGACGUUGGCUUCCCGGUAAAACUGGGAAGCGGCGUUGCUGCGGCGCAGGCAUACUUGCAAGAGAGCACACCACUUAUUCCUUCCAGGCUCUGAGAGAAAGCGGCAUCCUUUCUCGUAACUCGACGAGGUACGCGACACUCUUUUACUUACUGAAGAUCACAGCAUCGUGCGGGGCUGGCUACGUACGUUUCGAGAAAAAAGAAAAGAAAAGAAAACCACCU